GCGCUAAGUUCUGUAUCCUAAAUUUUAUCUUUCAUUGAUUUAUUUUUUUAAUGUCUGUAGAAAAUUAAGCGGAAGAAAUUGCCCCCACCUAAGAAUGCAACAAACACUGAAAUUAAAUCCAUAGCUAAAAUAAAAUUUAAAGCUUCAAGUUUUCUUCUUCUUUGUUUUAUUAGUCAAUUGUUUGGUUCAAUAUGAGAUAUUUUUUUGAAGAAAAAAUUGCUAGAUCCUUUUUUUUCUAUGCCAAGGCAAAUGAUAGAUAAAUACCAUCGCAUUUAUCAUUAAGGAAAGUUAAUUAUUUUGUGUUUUUAAUUGAAUAAAUCCUUCCACAGAACUGGAGUUAAAACGUAAUUGCUUGAAAUUGUAGAUUUAUCAGUAUACAAGAAGAAGGAAAUCCCAAGGGUUUUUCAUGCCUUUACAAAUAAUAUCUUCUAAGAUUGAAUGAAUCAUUUCGAUGAUGUUACUUUCAGUUGUCAAUGGCUUUCUGUGAGUAAUAUGAUUGUUUAAAGUUUGCUUGAAUGUAUCAAGCAGCAAUUAUUCUUCCAGGCAUCAGAGAAAAUGGAUUUAGCUGUGACCUGUGAGCAAGAAAGGCUUGACUUUGAAAGACUUCCCAUCACCAUGCAAAAUUUCGUAAAGUAACCUCAUUGCUACCAUAUAGUGCAUUGCUGUAAAUGACCUCCCUUUAGGAUUUCUAGGUAGUGAAUGUGAUCUGAAUACUCUGGUUUUUGUGAAAUGUAGAAGAGAGGAAGUUAUUAGAAUAUCUUAAUUAUCAGGUGGGAAACAAAACAAGUAAAUGACAUAUACUAUAGGAUUGUUUUCCCUUAUGGCUGAAAUUUUGCCUGCUUUUAUUCUUGGUUAUCUACUUGACUGCUUCAUUAUUCUUUUAUGUUUAUGUAUCUUCUUUUUUUGGUUUACAUUUUAAAUCUGUCAUUUAUGUAAGAUGUGCAUGGGAAAAUAAGUUCUUAAUCAAUUUAAUACAAAAGGACAACUAAGAACAAAGAGAAUGCUGUAACUAAUUAACAAACUAGAACUCAAUAACUGGUAGUUAUCUCCUGAGCAAGACCAAUGUUCUUGCCCCAAGCAAUACUGCUGCAAUUAAGAAAUCAAUUCAUGCUCUUACCCUUCUCCUUCUAUUUGUAGACUUAAAAGUGCUUCUGGUAGCAUCUCCAGGUGGCAUCUUCCUCAUAAUUCUCUGAAAUGAUAUGAGAUUUCCCAUGCCUUCUCCACUUUUGUGUGCCGGGAGAUGAUGCAGAGCUCUCGGGAGAUCAUGUACAAAUGACAAAGUUACUAUAUUUUUCCUUGCUUUUAACUUGUUAGAUAGAAGUUGCAAGCUCUUGAAUCUUGUGUUGAAUUCAAUGGGGUCAUUGAUAAUUAAAAGUAGUUCACUUUCAUCCAGUGAUCAUACCCAUAAUACUAGAAGACACUCAACUCAAGUACAUAUUGUUAGUAUCCUAAUGUUGAUAUAUAUAGAUGCUAAGGUUAAUCAAAUUAUUUCUUUAUAGGGGCUGAGAUCAAUCAUUUUUACAGAACAUAUGCUUAUUACAGGUACAGAUUUGCUCAAGUGUAAACUCAAAUGUCCUUGGAACAGACAGUCGGUCUGAGAAAAGCAGUCUGACCAUUGGGGAAAGGCGUAGAAUACAAAUGUGCAUUAGAGCAACAGGAAAGAACAAUUAAAUGGGCGGGAAAUAAAAAAAAGCUUGGAAAUACAAGUUCGCGCUAUUACUUGUUGGGAUCUCAUCUCUCACAGAGAAAUCAGAAGUACAGGAUUCAAUGCAAUCCAAAAUAAGUUCCUUCUUCAAGUCUUCUUCAUCGUCUUCAUCUUCAAAAUCUGACCAGGACCUGCCUUCGAUUUUCAAGGACGAUGACCAUGAAUUGGCGCUUUGGGAGAAUGCUGAGCACCAAUUUAUCAAUACCUACAAACGCAGAGCUCCAAAAUCAAACGAUGGAAACAAGGGAAUUGAAGCCAAUAAAAGACCAGGAAGUGAUAAAUCGGCAAAACCCAUUUCAAAGGAUCUGUGUUGGAAACCAGAAUCGAUUUCUGGGAAAGUGCUCAACAAGAAGAGAAGCUAUGCGCAGUUCCAUUUGGACUUGGGUCAAUCUGAUUUCAAUCUCCGUACAUGUUCCACAUGUGGGGUUAAAUAUGCUCCUGGAGAAGAAGAGGAUGAGAAGAACCAUAAAAUAUUUCACAGGAAGUACACUCACGGAGUUCAAUACAAGGGUUGCAGGAACGAAAGGGUUAUUCAUAUGCCUUACUCUGAAGAGGGGCGCGUUGUUUUGGUGUUCGGUAGUGACCCUUUUGCUCUGAGAAAUAAGGUACAAGAGGUUAUAAAGAUGAUGGAAAUUGAUCUUGGAGAAGGAUGGAUUUUUCAUAAGCUCUGUAAGGUGUAUCUAUUUAUCUCUUCUCGGAGAGUUGUUGGUUGUGUAGUUGCUGAACCAAUAAAAGAAGCAUUCAAAGUCCUUCCAUGUUCAGUGGAUAGAAGAUCAGAUGGUGCUACUGCAAUGAAUUCAAAAUCAGAUUCAAGCAUUCUUCGAUUUGGGGAAAUCAUCUUGCAGAGGGAAACCACAAAGAGAGCCCCCGCUGUCAGUUCUCUUGAAGUGUUGGAUGGGGAAAGCAAUGGAGCUAUUGUCUGUGAAGAGAGAGCUGCCCCUGCUAUUUGUGGCAUUAGAGCAAUCUGGGUCACUCCAUCUAACAGAAAAAAAGGCAUUGCCAACCAGUUACUAGAUGCUGUGAGGAGAAGUUUUUGCACAGGUUUUACUUUGCAACAAUCUCAGAUAGCAUUCUCCCCACCAACCUCAGCUGGAAAGGCAUUGGCAUCCAAUUACACUGGCACUGCAUCAUUCAUGGUGUACAAGCCUAAUGCUGUCGACAGUUAAAAUGCUAAAGAGCAGCAAUUUUGUGGACUAGUAGUUAGGUGUUGCAGUGUUUAGUUUAUAAUAUAUAUACAUAUUUGCUAUUGUCAUAGAAAUUUUUAUGAUGAAGAAUAAUGGUUUGGUUUUCAUUAAUGAAAGAUGAAAGUUGGGCAUGAAA